ACAGUAAAACAAGAUGAACGGUCCAGUGAGUCUGAUGAGUCGGAGGUGGGCGUACACACUCUGAAAAUAAAUAAAGUGGAUGCAGAUGAUGAGGGAUACUGGGCAAAACCCCUGCUAGAAGGACACCCUGUGAAAAUGCAGAUUGACACUGGAUCCAAAGCGUCCAUUAUCUCUGAGAAGGUGUAUAAGAGCCAUCUAAGACACUUGGCUUUAAGGCCCUCAGACACCAAAUUCAGAACAUACCUAGGUGAACCAGUGCCCAUGGCUGGUAUGAUUGAUGUCACUGUGCAAAGCGACAACCAAGUGGGGACACUUCCCCUCUAUGUGGCUAAAGGAAACUGUCCCUCCAUCUUAGGCCGGGUCUGGUUAGAGAACCUGAAACUAAAUUGGCAAACCGUGAAAAUGCUGUCCCCAAGCUCCAGUGAGCUAACAGCUGUUUUACAGAGGCAUCAAGACGUUUUCAAAAGUGAGCUAGGCCUCAUGAAAGACAUCACUGUCAAGCUUAGUCUCAAAUCAGAUGCAAGGCCAAAAUUUCUCAAAGCAAGAUCUGUGCCGUAUGCAAUACGUUCAAAGGUGGAUGCUGAACUGGACGCCCUCAUCACCAGUGGCGUACUGGAGCCAGUUGCCAUCAGCGAGUGGGCUACGCCUAUUGUCCCUGUGGCAAAAAGGAAUGGAGACAUCCGUAUCUGCGGGGAUUUCAAGGUGACGCUGAACCCGGGGCUCGCUCCUGAACAGUAUCCUCUCCCACACAUUGAUGAUCUCUUUGCUGGACUGAGUCAUGGACAGAAGUUUAGCAAAAUAGAUCUAAAUCAGGCCUACUUACAGAUGAUUGUCGAAGAAGAGUCCCGUGAAUUUCUCACUAUAACAACACAAAAAGGCCUGUUCAGAUACUGUCGGCUUCCCUUCGGCAUCACAUCAGCCCCUGCCCAUUUUCAGCGCGCGAUGGACCAGAUCCUCCGCGGUCUCCCUGGCGUACAAUGCUACCUCGACGACAUCCUUUGUACUGGAGCCACUGAUGAGGAACACUUGCGCAACCUCGAUGCAGUCCUUCAGCGGCUACAGGACUACGGCCUUAGAGUGCGUAAGGACAAAUGCGAAUUUUUCAAGCCCUCAGUCGAAUAUCUGGGGCACGUUAUCGAUGCUAGGGGAUUGCACACUGCCCCAUCCAAGAGCCGUGCCAUUGCGGACGCACCACCACCCCAAAGUGUGGCUCAGCUACGGUCCUUCCUUGGGUUACUAAACUACUACGGCCGGUUUAUACCCAACUUAGCAACCAUACUGAAGCCCUUGCACAGCCUUCUCUGUAAAGGAAAACCCUGGCACUGGAGUGACGCAUGCCAGAAGGCCUUUCAGCAAGCUAAAGAUACAUUGUUGAAGUCGGGGGCACUCACGCACUUUGACCCCUCUCUGCCCAUACAACUCGCUUGUGACGCUUCUCCCUAUGGAGUGGGAGCGGUCAUUUCUCACAUACUGCCUAAUGGGGAAGAGAAGCCUAUUGCCUUUGCGUCACGAACCUUGAACAAAGCAGAGUCUAAUUAUGCGCAGAUAGAGAGAGAAGCACUAAGCAUUGUCUUUGGAGUCCGGCGUUUUCACCAAUAUCUGUAUGGGCGGAGGUUCACUCUCCUUACUGAUCACAGGCCCCUCACGACAAUCCUGGGGCCCCAUUCAGGCAUACCAUCAUUGGCAGCGAGCCGAAUGCAACGUUGGGCCUUGCUGUUAUCGGGCCAUUCAUAUGAGAUCAAAUAUCGCAAAGCAGACCGACACCAAAAUGUGGAUGGAUUAUCCAGACUCCCACUACCUGUUACAAAACCGGAAACCAACAGUGAAGAGGUCUUCUACUUCAGCCAGGUUGAGGGUGCGCCUGUCACAGCUGCACAGGUGAAACGGGCAACGCGCACUGAUCCUGUGCUGGCGGGGGUCAUGGAUAUGGUGGCGAAAGGCCAUUACAUCAGGGAUGUUCCAGGUUUCCAGCCUUACCUGUCAAGGAGAAUGGAACUGUCAAUACAGUCGGGAUGUUUGCUGUGGGGAAGGAGGGUGGUCAUUCCACCAACACUACGCAAGACAGUUCUGCAACAGUUACAUGCAGGCCAUAGUGGGAUUGUGCGCAUGAAAGAAUUGGCAAGGAGUUUCUUUUGGUGGCCAGGAGUGGACCGAGAGAUAGAGAAUGCAGCGAAAGGCUGCCAAACAUGCAAGAGGGACAGGAACACUCCCCAGUUAGCGCCCCUGCACCCCUGGGAGUUCCCAGAAGAACCAUGGCAGCGGGUACAUGUCGAUUUCGCGGGACCAGUGGAAGGGAAAAUGCUACUGGUUGCUGUGGAUGCCCAUAGCAAAUGGCCUGAAGUGGCAGUCAUGAAAUCCACCACAGCAGUCAAAACCAUUGAAAAGAUUGGGGAAAUGUUCAGCCGUUUCGGAUGCCCCAUGCAGUUGGUCUCUGACAAUGGGCCCCAGCUGGUGUCAGAGUUAAUGUCUGCUUUCUUGCAAGUGAAUGGUGUGCAGCACAUCAAAUCGGCCCCUUUCCAUCCGGCUACUAAUGGCUUAGCCGAAAGGUUUGUCCAAACCCUGAAACAUGCACUGAAGACCUCUGAGGGGCAGGGGUCAUUUCAUCAGAGGCUGCAUCGUUUUCUGUUCAACUACAGAAAUACUCCCCAUGCUACCACGAAGGUCUCUCCGGCGUCCCUGAUGUUCAAGAGGGACCUGCGAACUCACUUUGACCUGCUAAAGCCUGCUGCUGUGAAAGACACCGUUCAGAAACAACAAGAGAAACAGAUACAGCAACGCAAACAGACCAAGGAGAGGGAGUUUUCCUCUGGUGACCACGUGCUGGCCAGAAACUACAGUGCGGGUCCACGAUGGGUGCCAGCGACCAUCGUGGCGCAGACUGGCCCUGUCUCGUACACUCUUCAGACUGCUGAUGGUCGCAUGUGGAGGAGGCAUGUCGACCAACUUCUACAGAGUGUAGCGCCAGCAUCCACACCGCCUCCCAUGGUUGACGGUGGGGAGGUCCAGGAAGACGAUGGUGCGGACACCGUGGCAGCUCCUGGGGGUACCCUGGUUUCGGAGGAAGCUGCACCUGAUCCUCUGCCAGAGGCGCAGAUGGGGUUGCCACCCCCACACCCGGCGCCACUGGCUGUGUCCCCCAGUGACAGUGUACCGGGGCCUUCCCGUGAGCGGCGGUAUCCAGAAAGGGAGCGACGGCCUCCCAAACGUAUGGACUUGUGAGCUCUUUAGCACGGCACACCCAAUCAUCUGGGGCAGAAUAAUACCCAGGGGUGCCGUCACGGGUGAGGCAGUCUACCCUCACCCGUAGGU